AUGUCCGAGAAUGAAUUUUCGAAUGCAUCAAAGAGACUCAACGCCCUGCGAAACCAUCUCGGAAAUGGUGCGGAUGACAAAAAUUCAAUAGAAUGGCGAACCUUAUCGCCGAGUCAAAGCAUAGCGGUUCGCACGAAUCAAGAUAGAAAGUGGAAUGGUUAUGGAUACAGGGACACAUUUUUUAAAUUCAAUGAACGAGGAACCGCCUUCCUUUACGGUGACCGUUAUCUCAAUUUUAGCUCGAGAGAAUUCCAUGAACUUCGUCCUUGGCUUGAACAAACAUUGAGGAUAAACUUGAAAACCUUACACCCUGCACAACCAGUCAUAAUCGACAUACCCAGUCCUGAGGUAAACCAUAAGUUUUACGAUGUAAUAAAGCCCCAGGGAAUAUUGUUUUCCUUCUCAGAACAGGAUCGGCUGUCGCACGGACACGGUGUGAGCACUAAAGAAGUUCAUAAAUUGAGAUACGGAAAUUUGCCCAAGAUACCGGACGCCGUCAUUUGGCCAGAGAAUCAUGAACAAGUUAAACUUAUUAUCUUGGCGGCUCAAACGCAUAACGUCGGCUGCAUCCCGUACGGUGGAGGCUCCAAUGAUGUGAAUGCUCUAGAAUGCCCUAUUGAAGAUAAAAAACGAAUGAUGGUUUCUUUGGACUUGAGACAGAUGAACAGGAUUUUAUCGCUUAACGCAGUAGACAUGCGUGUUACUGUGGAAGCUGGCGCAGUGAUUCAAGAUUUAGAAAGAGAAUUACGGAAAUCGAGAUUUACUUUAGGAUGGGACACAGAAACGAUGGAAUUCGGCACAAUUGGUGGACUGGCGUCUUUGUGUUCGAGGGAUUUCGAAGACAGCAUCAUCGGCGUCAAGAUGGCUACCCCUGCAGGCACGAUACAAAGGAACGAAAUUCAUUCGUCGUCGAUAUCUUCGGGUCCAGACAUAAUCAACUUGCUGUUAGGAUCCGAAGGAACAUUAGGCAUCAUAACCGAAUUAACCUUUAAAUUACAUUUUAUCGCACCCUACCAUGACUCCAUCUCUUUAUACUUUCCAUCGUUCCCCGAUGGACUUUCAUUUCUCCGUGAGAUAGCGCAAAAAAGGAUUAUCAAUAAUCGUAGUAGGGUACGUUUUGUGGACGAGGAAGGGUUACAACUUGUCGAAGCAUUCAGUACCGCGGUACCUAAUGUAACAACUGUAUUCUGGGAUUACAUCAAAAGAUAUUAUUGGAAGAAGAUAAAAGGGUUAAAAGUAGGCAAAAUGUGCUUAGCUGCUUUAGCUCUCGACGGCGAAGAUGUUGCAGAGUUUGAAGUAUAUAAAAAGAGGAUUCUUGCGAUUGGUGAAAAAUAUGGGGGAGUGAUGACCGGGAAGGAAAUAGGUGAGAUGAUGUUUUUCUCGUCAAAGGGACUACCGUAUCUCCGGGACUUCCUUCUUGACUACUAUGCAAUAUCUGAUUAUAUUGACACAUCUGCAUCAUGGUCAAACAUCGAAAAUUUGAUUGAAAAGGUCAAGAAAACAAUCAUCACCACCUGUAAAGAUCAAGGAGUUAAGACGAGACCAUACGUUGGAAUUCGAGUUGACUAUAUAUAUGCUACAGGAGCAGGUUUGACGUUCAUCUAUGGGUUCAAUUGUCGAAAUCUCAACGACCCACUUGACACAUUGAGAUGCGUAGAACGAGCUGCAUUGGUCGAAAUAUUGAAAUCGAAUGGAUCAUUUUCACACCGUACAUCAGGUAUAGGUAAAAGAAAAUUGGAAUGCUUUAUAGAAUCUCUGUCGGAGCCUGCAAUGGAAGUUUUAAAAAACGCAAAAAGGUAA